CGGAGCCGUGGCCCCUUACACUGUGCGCCGGCCGCCGCUCGCUGGCUUUCCGGCCAUGAGCCCCCCGCCAGCGGGGCCGGGAGCGGGACCCGGGCCGGGGCAGGGGAACGGCGGGCGCUGAGCCAUGUCGCGGGCGGCGGGCGGCGAGUGCCGCAAGGAAGCGGCGGGCUGGGAGGGCGAGGACGGGCAGUGCGACUCGGGCAUCGAGUCACUGCGCUCGCUGCCGGGCGGCAGGGAGACCCCCGCCGCGCCCGAGGGCCCGUCCGCCGCCCCCGAGGCCCCCGAGGAGACCCUCGCCGAGACCGCCGAGGAGCGCCUGGACUCCAGCUACGGCUCCGGCGCCCUGCCCGAGGCUCUGCCCGAGGCUCUGCCCGAGGCUCUGCCCGAGGCUCUGCCCGAGGCUCUCCCGGGGGCUCCGGGGGACCGCCCCGAGGAGCCGCCGCCCCAGCCCGAGGGGCUCAGCCGGCAGCAGCUGGAGGCUCUCACCUACCUUUCGGAGGACGGAGACACGUUGGUUCAUCUGGCCAUUAUCCACUGUGUCCCAGCUGUAGCACUCUGCUGCAUUGCACAGUUGCCCAGGGAGGUGCUGGAGAUCCAAAAUGAUCUUUUCCAGACCCCGCUCCACCUUGCUGUGUACCUGGAGCAGCCCAGCGUGAUCCAGGCGCUGAUCCACAAGGGAGUGAACCCUGGGCUGCAGGACCGCAAUGGCAACACCCCACUGCACUUGGCCUGUGAGCAGCAGCGCCUGCAGUGUGCCCAGCAGCUGUUGGAGGGCACAGCCACACCGGAGGGCACGACUCAGCCCCGUGGGCACCACCAGGACCUGCAGCUCCAAAACUGGCAAGGCUUGGCCUGUCUGCACAUCAGUACCUUGAAGGGGAACAUUGCAAUGAUGUCUCUGCUGCUGGAGAGCGGUGCCAACAUCGACGUUCGGGAGGGCACAAGCGGGAAGACCCCACUGCACCUGGCUGUGGAGUGCCACGACUGCAAGGCUGUCCAGUUCCUGCUGCAUAAUGGGGCGUAUGUGGAUGCCCAGAUGUACAAUGGGUGCACUCCCCUCCACCUGGCUGUGGGCCGCAAGGAUGCUACCAUCGCCGCCAUCCUCUCACACUCUGGGGCCGACACCCUGCUGAGGAACAUGGAGAACGAGACAGCCCAGGACCUGGCUGAUGGCAACGAUGAUCUCCUCCUCGCCUUGCUGCCCUUCGAUGACCUGAAGAUCUCAGGGAAGCCUGUUGUGUGCUCUGAAUGAGGGGAUGGACUCCUUUGGCCUGUUGGGCUGCCUCCUUGCUCUGUGCUGCUGCCCUACUGCCCACUAGAAUCUUGCCUGCCUGCAGUUCAGUGGGAGCAGAGACACUUUGGGAGAUUUAUCCCACUGCCCCUCUCCUCUUUGGAAAAGUUUUGUUUGCCUCAGGCUGCCUUCUGAGAUGGAAGAAGGUGGCAUUAUGAGCACUACACRGGGGAGGCUUUUCUUUUAGUAUCUGUGCACUGCAGCAGGACUGAAUUUUCCCCUCCCUGCCAUGGUUCUGACUUGUGGGGAUCUCCAGCAUACACAAGGGAGCAGGAGAGGACUCAUUUUCACACUGUAGGCCAGACAGAGCAUGCUCUGACACCCCAUCAGAGUAAGUGUGGGGUGAAGAGAGUCGACACUCACUCUAAUMAAUGUUUGUUGUUGCUGCGGGCACCAGAGGUGUCAUGUGCUGUAACCCACGCCCCACCCCACCGCAUCAGGAGGCUGAGCAUCACCCCAGGGCCCUGGGGMUGCGAGGGCUGCAGGAGUUCCCCCAGUCUGCCUGCUCCCUCGUGUUGUUCGUACCGCAGAAGGUGAGUGGGAGCACAGGGCCUUCCCCACUUGCAGAGCCUUUCUACUGCUCAGGGCCGAGGCUGGGGGAUCCCAGCCUCGUGCCCUAUUCCCAUGCUGUCUUGCUGAGCAUCUGGCUGCAGGGCUGAAGAAAGAGCAUAGGGGACCCACAACAAGGCCAGGUUGUGGAUCUCUGCUUCUGCCAUUGUGCCUGACAUCUUGCUGCUUUACUGUGCUAUGGUUUCCCCUUCGACAAAGCGGACAGAAGGAUCCUGCCSCAUCUCCUGGCUUGUAAGGGAGUUAAAAAACUUAGGGCAUGGGUCUUCCCUGGGUUUUAGAUUCUCCCAGGUGAAAGUGGAGGAGAUGGCAGCAUUACCUUYACAUCCCUUCUGUUGUUCAGCUCACCACUCUUCCCUGCCACUUCUCCAGCCAGAGGAGCACGUGCRGUGCAUUAGGAAAUCAGCAGCCAAAGGUGCUGUGGGAAUGGAGGCACUGAGCCUUACCCCAUCUCAGCCAAGGAAAUUCCCCACUUGUUGCUUGGGAGCAGCUGCURUUGUUUGGGACAGAUACUGGAUGGUGCAAGCAACCAGGAUGCUCUGAAGUGAGGUUUUGUCUUCUUCCUCCCUUGUAAGGGAAUGCUGCCAGGAAAGCAGCAUAGAGACCCCCCUAUGCCUCUCUGGGACCUUGACUGGUUUCCUCAGCAGUCCUGGCCUGGAAUGCCCUGUUCCUUUUAAAUCUUUGCCUCUCACCUUCUGGAAGGGCCUCAGUCCUGCUGCAAAUCCACAGGGCUGUUUCAAGGAUGCCUUCACAAGGGACAUGAGGCACUUCCAGACCGCCCAAAGAAGGAAUGACCAAUGCUGCGAGGGUGGUAUGGGGUGGUGGGGCCAGGGCUGUAGCUGGGAGCAAAGGGAAAAGGCAGAAACAAAUGAUCUGCACUUUUUUUGUUUU